AUGCGCACUGAUAGCGGUCGUAUUGCCGAGCUGGUGUCGCAAGAGCAACUCGCUGAGAGCUACCAGCUUUCCGCCACCUGCUACAAGGGUAUCCCUCUAGCAGGCCAUAGCCCAUGCUCGCGAGCCUUGCGUUUACAGGAUUUGGCUUUCGCAGUCGAUGAGAAGCUUCAUAUGAAGAGCCGGUUCAGACGUGAUGUUUGUGCAUCCGAGGUUGUAGGCACGCUUCGUCGACAACGCCGUGGCAAGUAUCGCAGCAGUGCCGAUUGGUGGCGAGACAGCAUUCGAGUAGAGUUCAAGUCUUCAAAGAUGUCUUGGGUCAGUGGCCCCCGGCACUGGCUCGCUCAUUUCUCCACGGUGAAAUUCGCUUCGCAAGGCCAUCCCCGUUCGGCAGUCUUCGAUGAGCUGAUGCUGGGGUUGUAUGCACCGUUCGGGCUGUACCUGCUGCAGUAUUCCGGCGACUUUGGACGGUCAAGAAAAGGGGUUGCAACAGAUCAUCUUGGCCAUUCUAUUGUAGUACGCGGUCCCAGAAACGAAGAGUGUCCACAAGUUGCCCUUGGACAAAUGCUCGCGAAGCUUGAGCAGUCAGGCUGCAGGCUGCUCGCCAUUGUGAAGUGGUGA